CGUUGUAUUACGCGGCCCCAGAACUAUCUAUUUACCAGGACAAUGCCCAUCGAGGAAUGGAGAGCGACGUUUGGUCUUUCGGCUGCACAGCUAUGGAGGUACCGACCUGAUUGAUUUUCGGUGACCAGCGUCCACUGAAUUCCUAGCCAAGAUUCUCCGGAAACAGAUGCCGUAUUGCUCCACACCUGGUGAAGCGAUAUUCACAGCCAUUGGGAAAAAGCGUCCACCGUUCGAAUUGAAGCCUUCAGAAUUAUCCGCCGUUGAGAAAGUGGUAAUUAGAUGCCUUGAGUACGAGAAGGAUGACCGUCCUGCCAUCACGACUCUGAUCAAUGAUCUUAUAAACCCCCGGGAGGAAGGACCUAUACCGUUUUCGGAGGUGCUUAAACUGGAAACACAAAACCGUAAAGGGAGGUGGGCAAGUCGCGGUCAAUUUCAUGCACAACUUUCUGGCACAGUGUGCGAGCGGCCUCACUGCUCGAUACAAUGCGGAACCUACAACGAUACAAAGAAAGUACGAAUCAAGAUCUUGCGAAGGGUCACCCCCAUAUCGAACGAGCAGAUGCUCCGAAAUUUCAUCUGGGAGUUCUUGACUCAAGGGGAGAGGUGGCCAUGGGCUGACGACUCGAGUCCGGUCGCCAAAAUGCAGGGAUGGGAGCUGGGCAUCGACGAUCGCAGCUAUCUCGAUAUUACUUUAAUUUCUGAUUGGUAUCCGAAUGGGGAUGUCAAAACUUAUCUAGCGGACUGUCCAAAUGCGGAUGCCAACAUCUUGGUUCGCGACAUUUGCUUUGGCUUGAAAUAUCUCCAUGAUAGGGGAAUAAAGCACGGGAACAUCAAACCGACGAACAUUUUGAUCGAUGGUGGUGGUCGAGCAGCGCUAUGUGACUACGGAUUAUCGGAGCUUUUUCGGGACCUGCCAACCAAGUUCCAAAGUGUACGGUACACGGCGCCCGAACACCUGAUUUGUGACAAAGACGUGUUUCCAUGCAGCUACGAGGGUGACAUUUGGGCUUUUGGUUGUGUUUCGACCGAAAUCUACAUCGGCCAGCAACCGUACUGCACAAUCGAAGAUGAAACUGAGAUUCUCAAAGAUAAACCCCCAGCAUACACGGCUGAUAUUGUCCAACGCAUCGGUAAUACCGAGAUUUGCGACUGUUUAAAUGCUCGCCCAGAGGAACGGCCAAGCCUGGACGAUGUUCUAGACUCCCUCGAUUGAUUCUGGUGCUCAUGUUGAUGGUCGCAUCUGUUCCGCAACCUACAUACGAGAACCGCCGUACUGUAGACGAACACGCCUUCGUGAUCCUUGCUGGUGGCACAUCGAAGCGUUAAUAAGACGAAGCCAUGUGUUGAAGUCUAACCUGUUUUCUGUUGCAUGUACUG